UGAGUUUUUCCAGGUAAUUCUGUUUUUGUUUUUGUCCUGUGUUGUAGCUUCUGACGCUAUGGAAUUGUUUGACCAAUUCAAUGGAUUUUUCAAUCUCCCAAAACUCCUCUCCUAACAAUGUUGAACGUUUUUAUUGGGUCAACCAAGUGUUGGAGCAGUUUCGCUGGAAAGAUCGUUAUUCGCUUUCGGAGCCCACAUUGACUGCCUGGGGGGAAUUUCGCAGCAAUGACGAAAAAAACCAUUAGUGAACAAUUUUCAACACAUUCUCCAGUUUCGUACAUGUGUUACUUCUGGAAGAAUUGCUUGUCAAUUCUUUAACUACGUUUUAUAAUUGGGUGCGAACAGGUUGCUGUGCGCUUCUUGUUCCACAUGGGAGCGCUAGCAGUGGUUCCGCCGCCGGAAGGGCCAUCUUGCGGAGCCACCUGGUGUUGUCGGCGUUGGAGGGUUGCAUCAUUCAGGGAGCGGCGGUUGGUCCCGGGAGCAGGAUGACGGGAGACGAGGCCGGUGUGACCGUGGGCCAGCCGCAUCUGGCGAGGCAGGAUCUCAGCGCGCUGGAUGUUGCCAAAUUAACACCCCUUUCUCCUGAAGUUAUCAGCAGGCAAGCUACUAUCAAUAUAGGCACAAUUGGCCAUGUAGCCCAUGGAAAGUCCACCGUAGUUAAAGCUAUUUCUGGUGUUCAGACUGUCCGAUUUAAAAAUGAACUGGAAAGAAAUAUUACUAUCAAGCUGGGGUAUGCCAAUGCAAAGGUUUACAAACUUGAUGACCCCAGUUGUCCAAGGCCUGACUGUUACAGGUCAUGUGGUAGCAGCACACCAGAUGAGUUCCCUUCAGAUAUUCCUGGAACCAAAGGAAAUUUCAAGCUAGUCAGGCACGUAUCUUUUGUGGAUUGCCCAGGGCAUGACAUCUUGAUGGCUACUAUGUUGAACGGAGCUGCAGUCAUGGAUGCAGCUUUGCUAUUAAUAGCUGGUAAUGAAUCUUGCCCUCAGCCUCAGACCUCAGAGCAUCUGGCUGCUAUUGAAAUCAUGAAAUUGAAACACAUUCUGAUUCUGCAGAACAAGAUUGACCUUGUAAAGGAAAGUCAAGCAAAGGAACAGUACGAACAGAUACUUGCUUUUGUCCAGGGUACAGUUGCAGAAGGAGCACCAAUUAUUCCAAUCUCAGCACAGUUGAAAUAUAACAUUGAAGUAGUAUGUGAAUAUAUUGUAAAAAAAAUUCCAGUACCCAUCCGUGACUUUAUAUCUGAACCAAGGCUAAUUGUUAUUCGCUCCUUUGAUGUCAACAAACCUGGCUGUGAAGUAGAUGAUCUAAAAGGUGGUGUAGCUGGUGGCAGCAUUCUGAAAGGAGUGCUUAAGGUUGGACAGGAACUUGAAGUACGACCUGGUAUUGUGUCAAAAGACCAUGAAGGGAAGCUGAUGUGCAAACCCAUCUUUUCAAAGAUUGUAUCACUCUUUGCAGAGCACAAUGACCUCCAAUUUGCAGCACCCGGUGGCCUUAUUGGUGUUGGAACAAAAAUUGACCCAACUCUGUGCCGUGCCGAUCGUAUGGUGGGACAGGUGCUUGGUGCUGUGGGAGCUCUCCCAGAAAUCUUCACAGAGCUGGAAAUCUCUUAUUUUCUUCUCAGACGAUUGCUGGGUGUGCGUACAGAAGGAGACAAAAAAGCAGCAAAGGUACAAAAAUUAUCCAAAAAUGAGGUAUUAAUGGUCAAUAUAGGAUCCCUUUCCACUGGAGGAAGAGUCAGUGCUGUGAAGGCUGAUUUGGGGAAGAUAGUCCUCACAAAUCCAGUGUGUACAGAAGUUGGUGAAAAGAUUGCCCUUAGCCGAAGAGUAGAGAAACAUUGGCGUUUAAUUGGCUGGGGUCAAAUAAGAAGAGGUGUAACAAUAAAGCCAACGGUGGAUGAUGAUUAAAGCUGGAGAGAGUGAUAUCAUUGAAGAGGACAAGUGGACUGCCUGUAGCAGUACCUAGCAUUAUCCAAAUACUGUUGAAUCCUAAAACAUGGUUUAAAAGAACUUCUGGUAUCAUGCCAGUAAAUUUGGAAAAGUGAUUUUUUUUUUAAAAAAAAAUUCAAAUAUCUCCUGGUAAUAAAAAAAACUAAUUUAUAUUUGAAUAGAAGUUGUGUUUUCAGCAAGAAUUAAGUUCCAUUCAAUCAGGUCUGUCAACACUGGCAGUCAGUAAACAUAAAAUAUUAAAAGUGUUUUGACAUUUAGAAUUAAAUGUGUGUUUUUACCCUCCUUAUUACUUCUAUAUUUUCCAUGCUGAGCCCAUACCUUUCAGCUAUUUCAUUCAAAUAUAAUUUUUCUGGCUACACCGCAAGGGAUUGUGCUUGCAGAGCAUUUGGUAAAUUAUGAGAGGGUAAUGAGGCAAAUUUUUUUAAGCUCAAUCAUGGCCCUUCAGUCCAUUUAAUCUCAUCCUUGCUGAAUAGCGAACUUAGUCAUCUUUCCAUUGCAGUGUCUUAAGUGCUUCUUACAUUAAUUCAAUUAACUCUUCAACCUGGAAGCCAGUUCUAACUUUUUAUCACCUGAGUAAAAAAUAACUUAUGGACCUGUCCUUUCACAUCUGGUAUGAAAUUCACUACAGACUGUUGGAAUGAAAAUCUCUUGGCAGCUAUUUGUCAGGAUGCUGAAUGAAACAUGUGGGCAGAUUCUGUAGGGCAUGAGCUCACAACCUAGAACUACCACAAUUUUUUUUACAAUUGCCAAUCUCUCACUCACUACAAGGAAAGCUUGUAUGAGAAGUGGAAAAUGUCACACUGGUGUAUAGCCGUAGCUAAAGGUCGAAGUAGCAUUAUUAUUCAGUUAGUUCAUAAUUGACUGAUCUAUGUUGUUGACCCCUGUUGCUGAAGAUGGAAGUAUUUUAAUUGGUAUGCAGCUUACAGUGACAUAGCAUUUUUGAAGAUGUUACUUAUUUAAAAUAACUCAAAGCCUUGGGCUGAUCACAAAAAUCUUGUGCUUUAUAUGUUAUUGUUUCAAUCCCAUUAAGAUUAAUAUGAAGGAACAAAAAUGGAUAUAAUUAUCAGAUGGGGGUUUACUCUGCCAAAUGGUUGCACAAAAAUCAUGUUUUGACAAUAACUAACCACAGUUGUCUGUGUUUGAAUGCAAGGAUUUGGGUUAAUUCAGAAAAUUGUAAGAUCAUUUUCUCUUUAUUCCUUUUCUCCCAAGCGACUUUCCUCUGCAAAUUGUUUACAUGCUUUAUUGUAUAACGUGUAUGAUUCCCCAAGGGGUUUAGCUUGUUUAGACAUACAGGCCAAUUUAUGCUGAAUUCAGUCAGGGCAGCUAUUGGGCAUUAUAAUUGACAUCCGUGGCUUUGUGUUAAGGAAGGGAAAACAGCCAGCAUUUUUUGCUCUAGAAGAAAUGGAUGAAGAGAUCAGGUUCAACGACAAUCUGUCUUUCAUUGUCAGCACACAAUAUCAAGGCUCACUUGUUAAAAAUGGCAACGGAUGAAGUACCAACUUUAACUUAUGGCUAUGAAACUGUAUACCAACAAGCAACAAAAGAAAAGGGGGAGAAAAUUGGCAAAGGGAAGAAAAAAAUCCUUCAAUCCCAGGUGGCUCUGCUGGUUAAAAGAACCAUUUUAAUUCUGUGACUGCAUUCAUGUGGAACUCUUACCAUGUUUCUUAUGUAACAAUCUGUUAGUACCUAACAGUGAAAUUCUAGCAGAGUGAAAUAACACUUUUUUUCCUUCCCUUGUGGUGCAAAGAUCAGAAAGUAAAGUAAGUUGAGAAAAGCAUAGCAAAGCAUGAAAUAAAACAAUGUCUUGAGUACUGCAGAUAUAGUCACUUGAACAUACUAAGGAAGCACCUACAUAUAAAACACCAUCUUUUGUCCUUAAUGUAAUUCCAACGUGGCAUUUUUUCCAUUUUGGCAAAACAUCCUUGAAGUUUCUAUGUCUCUUAAAUCCUCAUCUCAUAGCUGGCUGAUAACUGAAGUAUUUGUUUAAUCUUGUUUUCUAUGAUUCAUACUUUUACCUAAGUUGAAUUAGUGAUCAUGUAAGAAAAUUGAGUGAAUAUUUUAAAAUGAACUCUAAAUCCUUUCACAUUCAUUGUUUUAUACUUGUGAUGUCUGUAUUAACAAAACCUUUAUUUGCAACUGAAAUGUAUUGUCCUACCAGUGCAGUACUAAUUAUUCCUGUGUAUAAUGUAAAAGAUGGGAUAAAUGCUUAAUGAUCACGAA